GUUACUUUUCUUUAAAAGUCUUGAGAUUCCUUUUUUUUUUUUUAACAUAAUUGUUAAAAUUAAGAACUCUAUACACAAGGGCUACAAAUAACACAUAAUCCCAACAUGGAGAAAAACAGAGUCAUGGGAAGGCUAAGCUCUGUUUUCCUCAUCUUCUUGCUUCACGUAAUCCUCAUUGCAACAAGCUGCAAAGCAAGAAAACCUCAGCAGCAGCCUGUGGAUAAGCAUCGGACCGCCUUUUUCAUCUUCGGGGAUUCGUUUAUGGAUGCAGGAAACAACAACUACAUCAACACCACUACUCUAGACCAAGCUAAUUUCUGGCCCUAUGGAGAAACUUACUUCAAGUCCCCCACCGGACGUUUUUCCGACGGCCGUUUAAUACCAGACUUUAUUGCUAAGUAUGCCAAGCUGCCAUUGAUUCCACCCUUUCUACAGCCCGGUUUUCGCCACUUUUACAAUGGAGUGAAUUUUGCAUCUGCGGGUGCCGGGGCUCUGGUAGAAACCUUUCAAGGAGAUGUGAUUGAUUUGAAAACACAGCUAAGGUACUUCAAGAAGGUGGAGAGUUGGUUGAGAAAGAAAUUGGGCAAUGAUGAAGGGAAGCUGACAAUUUCAAAAGCUGUCUACUUGGUCAGCAUUGGUAGCAAUGAUUACAUGAGCCCUUUCUUGACUCAUUCCACCUCCCUUAAUACCUACACUGUCUCCACAUUUGUUGGAAUGGUAAUUGGAAACUUGACAUCAGUCAUCAAAGAAAUUUAUAAGAGUGGAGGGAGAAAAUUUGCAUUCGUAAACUUGCCAGAUUUGGGUUGUCUUCCUGCUUUGAGAUUAAUUGAAUCGAGGAGAAAAGGUAGCUGCUUGAGAGAGGCUUCAUUGCUUGCAAGAUUGCAUAAUAAAGCUCUCUCAAAUCUACUCUAUGGUUUGGAGAGAGGAUUGAAAGGGUUCAAAUAUUCACUCUUCGACUUUAAUGCUAAUCUCAAACAGAGAAUGCUUCAUCCUUCAAAAUAUGGUUUUAAGGAAGGAGAAGCUGCUUGUUGUGGGACAGGCCAAUUCAGAGGAGUAUACAGUUGUGGAGGAAAAAGGAUAGUGAAGGAAUUUCAGCUAUGUCAGAAUCCAAAUGAUUAUGUGUUUUGGGACUCUUUCUAUCUCACUGAAAAGGCGUACUGGCAAUUGGCACAUAAGAUGUGGAGUGCUUCAAACCAUUCUCAUGAUGUUAGCCCUUAUAGCAUCAGGAAAUUAUUCCGAACCCAAUAAGCAUAUUUAUGAAUUUUUUUUUUUAAUUUGUAUCUAGCUAUAAGCAUAAAAUGUGGACUUAAGU